AAAAUCAUUGUGACGUGGCUAAGUCCCAUCACCAACCCCAAAUUCCCUUAAUGACCAGAGACGUUAAAAUAUCUUUUCAUCGCCAUGACACCUGUGACGGAGAAAUGGUGUGUCUAUUUUUCUGAGCGUCCGCUCGUGCUCCUCCCAGAACUGAUGGAGUAAAAACCGCUUUCUUCUGAGAAUUCAGUGAUACUUUAGAUCUCAAGACUGUCCCUGGGAUUGGGAAAGUUGAGGGGACCAUCAACAGGAGUGGGAGUUUACAAAUGCCUGUUUCUAUCCCCAGUUCAUUAUGUCGGGCUCCCUCAGCAUAGAAGCACAGAAGCGCCCUACAAAAUUCAAGGAAACCAAGGUUGCCUACAGCGAAGAAUUGGGAAAGGGAGCAAGAGACACUUAGCCGCUGGCAGAGCAAACAACAGGAAUCUGAUGGCUUCAGCAAGACCCAUGGCCAAUUCCACGUUUGUGGGGGCACCCCACAGCGGGUACCCUGAGGUCCAAGGAGGCGUGUGUCAGGUGCCCCCGUAUCCCAGCAACCAGCCCCAAGUCCACUUCAUUCCUGUGAUCCCACCGGGUCUGAAGUCACCUGUGAUUGAGCAUCCUGCCCAGAGAACCUUGAAAGACGGCAAAGCCUUAGGGGCCAUCCAGAUCCUGAUUGGCCUGAUCCACGUGGGCCUCGGCUCCAUCAUGGCCACCGUCCUCUCGGGGAACUAUACAGCUAUCUCGUUCUAUGGAGGCUUUCCCUUCUGGGGAGGCAUCUGGUUCAUCGUUUCAGGAUCCCUCUCAGUGUCAGCAGAAAAUCAACCAAAAUCUUCUCACCUGCUGAAUAGCAGUUUGGGCUUGAACAUUGUCAGCGCAGUCUGCUCUGUGGUUGGAAUCACACUCUUCAUCAUGGAUAUGAGCCUCUCCACCAUCAAUGCACACCCUGACUACUAUCCCCCCUACGACACCUGGGGUGUGACCCCCGGAGUGGCAAUUUCGGGCGUGCUGCUCAUCUUCUGUCUCCUCGAGUUCUGUGUGGCAUGUGCAUCUUCCCACCUGGGCUGCCAACUGGUCUGCUGUCAACACAACACCGUAACAGCAAUUCCAACCAUAUUCAGUACCAACCCAGCCAACACUACCACCAGGCCCAUCAACACCAUCACCAUCCCAGCCUGUACCACCUCAAGCCCAGUCAAUGCUACCAGCAGCCUGGCCAAGAUUACAGAGGCUGCCAACCCUUCCUUCCCCAACAACACUAUAGUGAUAAACCCCCUGAAAAUGUAG